AUGCCCCUUCAGAUUCCCACGGUCUUCCCACCCACCCCCCGCCCCCCGUCAGCCCUGACUGUGAAUGACCCUGCCCUUCUUCCUCCUGCAGCAGGCCCGGCCUCCAGCACUCCCAACCCCCUGCUGGCCUCCCUGCCCCUGCCGGCCAGGCCUCUGCAGCCCCCGCUGGACUUCAAGCACUUACUCGCCUUCCACUUCAAUGGCACCGCCCCGCUCAGUCUCUUCCCCAACUUCAGCACGAUGGACCCAGUCCAGAAAGCUGUCAUCAGCCACACAUUUGGCGUCCCCUCCCCUCUGAAGAAGAAGCUCAUUUCCUGUAACAUCUGUCACCUGAGGUUCAACUCAGCGAACCAGGCUGAAGCACAUUAUAAAGGCCACAAGCAUGCCAGAAAAGUCAAGGCUGUCGAGGCCACCAAGAGCAAGCAGAAGCCUCAGACCCUGGCCCAGGAUGGGGCAGUGGUGUCCCCAACCCUGACUCCAGCCAGUGGAGCACCUGGAGAGCUGCAGAGCACAGUCCCUGCAGCCCCUCCUCUAGGUCCCCCACUCCAACCACCACUGAUUCGAGACCCCACGCCCAGGGAGCCGGCCCACUCAGACCUCUUGGAUGCUGCCUCCUCUUCCUCUCCUUCCUCCUGCCCACCCUGCUCCCCAGAACCUGGGCGAGAGGCGCCAGGGCCUGAGCCAGUGGCAGCCGCAGUAGGAAGCAGUGUGAGUGGGGAGGGCAGGACUGAGAAGGGGAGCCUCUACUGCCCCACGUGUAAGGUGACGGUGAACUCCACCUCCCAGCUACAGGCUCACAACACAGGAGCUAAGCACCGGUGGAUGGUGGAAGGCCAGCAAGGGGCUCCCCACAGGGGCCGGGGCCGCCCGGUGCCCCGUGGAGGGGCCAGACACAAGGCCAAGCAUGUGACAGGGGGCCGAGGGGGUCGGCCAGGCCUCAGCCCCCAUUUCCACUGUGCUGUUUGCCAGCUCCAGGUCAACUCAGAGACUCAACUCAAGCAGCACAUGAGCAGCAGGAGGCACAAAGACCGCCUGGCUGGGAAGCCCCCCAAGCCCUCUAGCCAGCACAGCAAGCUGCAGAAGCACGCAGCGCUGGCUGUGAGUAUCCUCAAGUCAAAACUGGCCUUGCAGAAGCAACUCACCAAGACGCUGGCAGCCUGCUUCCUGCCUAGCCCGCUCCCCACAGCGGCUGCCAUCUGUGCCCUGCCAGGGCCCCUGGCCCUGCGGCCUGCCCCCACCACGGCCACUACCCUCUUCCCGGCUCCGAUCCUAGGCCCAGCUCUGUUUCGCACCCCAGCGGGAGCCAUCCGUCCUGCCACAGGACCCAUCGUCUUCGCCCCCUAUUAGCCCUCCUGGGGAGCCCAGGGCUGGCUUCCCAGCAGCUGCUCACCCAGUCUCCUCCUCACCCCCAGAGAACCUUUGUUUUCUACACCUA